CCUCGCAUAGAACGCACUGCUCGAACAGGCCUCUGCGAUGGGGAACUUUCGGCCGGAAAGUUUUUUCUGAACUCAGAGACGUGCAAGUAGUUCCAGAAGGCUUGUUUGUGCUUCAUUGUCGGGAAGAUGACUUUAGUUCCUUUUCUGUUUUGAAAAGAAAGAUAUUUCGUGAAACGGAUUCUUUAAAAACUGAAACUUUGUGUUUUUUGACAGAAAUUUUCUCUUUACCGAACAAUAUUCCACGAAGAACAUUUAACUCUGAGAAUAAAAGUUUUCAUUGUUGUCUAAGGUAACAGAAUCAACUAAUUGAAGCUGAACGACAAGACAUCCAUUAUUCAGGAGUGGAGGAGAAUGAAUCCAGCGAUUUCCUGUGCGUGUUCCUAUUGUCCGAAAACAGCGAAAUUAUUCAAAAGUAUACGGAAUCGUGUGAAUCGACCGAUAUCAGCCUAAAGCAGAAUUAUGAUUCUCAAAAAAGGUCCCACUGAUGAUGUGACGGACAUGACGCUGCCAGUUCUCAUCGCCAUACUUCUUACCCUCAACCUCUGCCAGUGCGGUCGCUUUGGCUGUCCCACCCGGGUCCAGAUCAAACCUUGCCUUUGCAACGAGAAGUCCCGAGGAUUGGACAUCUCGUGCGAAAACGCCAAGGUGGAUCAGUUGCGGGAGGCUCUGGCCAGCGUGGCACAGACCAAGCAGGCCAUCUGGUACCUGAAGUUGAGGAACAACCACUUAGGCACUCUCCCCGCGCAUCUCAUGGUGGGGCUGGAUGUCAGACAUCUCAUAGCCUUGCAUUGCAACCUGUCGUCUGUGGAUGAGUUAGCCUUUUCCAGUAUCGCGGACAAACUGGAAACCCUGGACUUGGCCCAGAAUUCCUUCGAGAGAGUGCCCAGUCAUGCAAUGGAGAAUUUGACUGCCUUGGUAUCAUUGAAUCUGAACUACAACAGGCUGGAAAUCUUACAUGCAGAGGCUUUUAAGGGUCUUCAAUCCCUACUGCGUCUGUCCCUGUACGGCAACCGAAUCAAGUUCAUCGAUAACCUGGCUUUCGUGGGCGUUGGUAGGAACUUGACCCGCAUCAACCUUGGUGCUAAUCAGCUGACUGCGGUUCCCUCCAGACCCCUGAGGAACUUGUCCCAGCUGCAGCGGCUACAGCUGCACGAGAACCACAUCGAAGCGCUGCUGCCGGAGGAGUUUGCCAUCAUGGGAGGGGAAUCGUUAGACGUGCUGGAUUUGGCCAACAACAGGGUCCAGACAUUACCCCCGAGAGCAUUCAUGUCUCUGCAAGUCCUCAAUUCACUGGAUUUAGAAAGGAAUCUUAUUUCAACAAUCCACAUCCAUGCUUUUCAAGGAAUUGAAGAUUCUUUGGAGUGGUUAAAGUUAGGAGUUAAUCGUCUAGAGGAAAUACCAUCCCAAUCUCUUAGGAAUUUGAGUCGACUGAGACAACUGGACUUGAGGGGAAACAAUAUCUCCAAAGUCAGAGAGGACGAUUUUACACCAUAUGGAAAAAACUUGAAAUUCAUUUACCUUCAAAACAACUGGUUGACAACUGUGGAUCCAAUCGCUUUUGUUUCAUUGGAUUCACUGGAAUGGCUGCAUUUGCAAUCGAACCAACUGAACACUUUCCCGUAUGAAACAUACACACCAAUCUUGAACACGCUACAAGUAUUUGAUAUUCACGAUAAUCCAAUCCAUUGCGACUGCAAAAUCGCUUGGCUUCGUGACUGGGUGCAGAACAAAGGCGCGAGCGUAGUGAAACUGGCUCAAGAGACCAAAUGCGAGACCCCAGAAGACUUCCAGAAUUUGCCUCUAGCAGAGAUUUCGAACGACCAGCUCAUAUGCGUUGCCAAAGCUUCCAUUCACUACGCUGCCAUCUUUGUCCAAGUGUUCUCCACGACAGCCUGGUUUCUUCUUUCUUAACCAACGAAUGUUCUAGUGCAAGUACUGGCUUGAAACUUUCCAAGUAUGGAAUCCACUUGCAGCCUUUUUGAAGACACUUGAAUAUACAACUUAUCAGCAAAAAGAUGUUUUUUGAAAUCAAAUUGAAGAAUGCAGAAAUCUCUAUGCUUUGAUUAAAAUUCAAUGCAGCUAUUCUAGUGGCAAGAAACACUGCUCUGAACAAUCAAUCAGUGUAUGUAAGAACUAAUUCUAAAUAGAUGCAUGAUAAUUCACAGCGGAUUCGUUUUUAUGUAUUCAUUUUAUAUCUGUGGUUUUCAGUUGUUACGAACGAACUUAUUUUGGAACUCUACCAUAUGUUCUGAAUUAUGAUGUCAUUUAGUAAAAAAGACUGAAUAGUUCAAAACAUGAUUCGGCUGUUUAACUGAAUUUUGAUAAAUUCUUCAGGGCUUAAAUAUGGACUUAAAUAUGACCUAGCACAGCAAAAGCACAUAAAGUUGCUUCUUUUUUAUUUUGAAUGUUCAUAUUAUUGUUCUAAUUUCUCUCUAAGAAAUCUUUACAAUUUUUUUUAACAAUUAUCCUUUAGAAAAGGCUUAGUUGUUGCUGUUUUUUUCCCCUCUUAUAUUUUCAGUUCUUUGAUUUUUUGCUGUGCAAAAGAUUUUUAGAAAUAGUGUUUCUGAAAUCAGCAGAAUGAUUGUCAUAUACGUUAUAACCAUUUUACUUAUGUUUUUUUAUAAAAAAGCAUUUUAAGAUUUAUUAUAGAAAAAAUAUUGAUGAAUGUUUGAUCCCAUGUUACAUGUUUACCGUGACUGUUGCACUGAUUCAUUUGCACAUGCAUAUUUUUAUGUGUGCCUCUUUUAAUAAAUAUUUACUUGUCAUUAAAUUAAAAGCAACUUAUUUUGUAGUAAUACUUCAAAUUGUUUAAUAACUCUGUUUUUUAUUGCAUUAUUCGUGUUGCAAAUCAGUGUAAGUUUGUAAAGAAAUUUACUUGUAACUGUGUAUAUAUUAGACACGUUUUAUCUGUUACAUUAUUGUAAAUAUUAUAAAAUUAGGAAAAAACUUUAAAUCUU